AUGGGUGAACUACCGGCUCUGCAAGAGGAGGGUGUCAGCGCUUACAUCUAUGCCGGAACCUCUCAGGUUCGGUGCUACUCUAUUCAUCCCGGAAACACGUCUGGAGUAGCCAAUGCGAAUGCUGUAUGGAGUCCAAUUCUUGAAAAGAUGUCAGCUCUCCCAGGAAUGACUCCUUUCCAAACCAAACCAUUCGAGUUUGCAAACUACAAGGAAUUCUUCGAGCUAACGUAUGGAAACUUCACUGCUUCUCCCACGCCCCGGACCCCACCAACUUCGGUAUUGUUCCUUUUGAUAGUCGACUUCUUUCUGCCGAGCAUUUCAAGAGCCCAGAUCUUACAGCUGCACUCGCUGGAACAAAUGGAAACUACGGUAUUAUGAUGCAUACUCCAGGGCCACAUAUUGGGAAUGGCAACGAUACAUCGGCAAACCCUGGCUGGCGAAAGGCGGUGGCAUUUGUUGUGGGGUGGAAAACAAAUACGCUGAACGUGGAUGGACUUCGAAAACUUGCUCCAGAUAUGGGAACAUAUAUCAACGAGGUAUUUAUCUCUCCUUUUCUGACACUAGGUCGCAUGUAUUGAUACUAACGAAUUUGUUUCAUGGGGGAGUGUCACAGAGCCGAAUUGGCAGACGUCCUUUUGGGGAAGUAACUACGCCCGGCUUUCAAAGAUUAAGGCACAAUUGGAUCCGAACAUGACUUUCUGGGUCACCCCGGGUGUCGAUGCAGAGCGUGCGGAGUUUGUCAAUGGCCGAGUAUGCCUGUUCGGGAAUACGACAACGAACUUGAUGAUUCCACCAACAACAGAUGGAGCCAUGGCGGCGGAUUUGGAAGCGAAAAGGGAUAGUGCUUUUGGAGGCCAAGAGCGCGAGUGGACCAAAUAUCCAGCCAAUGGCACUUGGCUUGGGCUUCAAGACAAAUCUGGAGACAUAUACUCGGCGUCUCCAGCAGGAACAGGGGGGAACUCAGCUGCAGCGACCGAGGAAGGCUGUGAAGAUGAUGUUGAAUAG